CAACGCGGCGCAGCACGGCGUGCUAUAGCGCAGCACAGCAUGCUACAGCAUGGCACAGCACGGCGUGCUACAGCACAGCACGGCUUGCUACAGCAUGGCACAGCACGGCGUGCUAUAGCAUGGCACAGGACAGCGUGCUACAGCGCGGCACGGCACAGCUCGGCUCGCAGCGCAGCGCCGGACGCCUCUCGCUGCUCGUCGCGCUCCGGUGCGGCUGCGGCGGAUCCCGGCUCGGCGCGGGGCUGUGUGUGCGGGGACGUCGGGGAGAGGACCGCCACUCGAAGCCUUCGGGGUUCCGCAGGCGGAGCUGCUGCCUUGCCGCGCCGCUUUCCGUGGCAAUAGACGGGAGUCGCGCUGCGUUUGUGGCGUUUUACCGAUGUGUGCGAAAGUUUUGAGACUCGCAAAGUCUGUGUGCGAGAAGGUUCGGCUGCUCCUCCCCGAGCCCCAACCGCGCCUGAAGGACGCUGUGGUCCGGCGGUGAUUUUCCCGACGGACUUGCUCUGUUCAGGCGACUUACCUGGGCUGCAGCUCCCGUCGCAUCAGCCACACUGAGUGGUGCACAGCAGUGGGCACAAGGAAAGAGGAAACCUCCAUGCUAGAACUUUGUCACCUCCGGUUCAUCACACAACGACAUCUGACGCCUCAAAGCCUGACACUCUUCCCACUGCCCAGCUCUGCCUGGAUCUGGGAGUCUGGCCCUGGGGACAUCUCAGGCAGUCGCCCUCUGCUCUCUGAGUGUGCGGCGAUGGAUUUCUCGUGGCCCCGUGUGCUGAGUGUUGAGCAGUGCCUGCUCUAGCCUGAGAGCGGACGGGCUGCGGGGAGUCAAGAUGACAACCGAACCUAUCAAAGAGAUCCUGGGCACCCCAAAGCACGCUGACCCCACAUCCACAGAGAAGAGUAACAACAAUGACUGUGUGAUAACCACCAUCCCCCUGGUCAGUGAAUGCCAGCUGACGGCCGCCACGGGGGGGGCAGAGCUCUCCUGUUACCGCUGCACCAUUCCCUUCGGAGUGGUCAUCCUCAUCGCCGGCGUCGUGGUCACUGCUGUGGCAUACAGCUUCAAUUCCCAUGGAUCGAUCAUCUCCGUGUUUGGAUUGGUGCUCUUGUCAUCAGGACUCCUCCUGCUGGCCUCCAGCGCCGUGUGCUGGAAGAUCAGGCAGCAAAACAAGAAAGCAAAGAGGCGCGAGAGCCAGACGGCGCUUGUGGCAAACCAGCGAACCCUGUUUGGCUGAAGGCAGCUGCCAGGCGUGGGCAGCAGCAGAGCCUCACCGCCAGCCCUCCUGUUUGCCAUAGGACAGACUGCAGCUUUUAAUUUAACGUUGGGAAUGAGCUGACACGGAAACGGAAUGGAUUAACAAAGGCUCUUAACAAGUCUGCAAGCGCUCUUAUUAUUUUUCUCACCGCAGAUGUAAUAGUGAUCCUUUCCAAGACAGAGGAAAAAAACAAUUUUCCUGCACAGAAAACUGUUUUCAUAACUGCAGUCGCCAGAAGUGCAUUCUCCAGUGUGCUGCUCGUGUUGGAAAGGGGACUCUGAGACCCAAGACCAUAAUUUGAACUGACUGGAAACGCCGGAGGUCUCCUCAAAUCCGCACUGUGACAUUUAACCAAGGGAGAACUCGUAGCAUUUGCAGUGGGUUACGGCCAGAUUCUGCAGCUGACACUGAUACUCAACAAAAAGAGCAAAAAAAAACAAAAGCAAUAGCAACCAAGCAAACUGCAGAUUGCUCAAUAAGCUGAUUCGUAUCUUUUAUGUAACUCUUUCCCCCUCCCAAUAUCCGUGGUACUUUCCCCCCUUUUUAAACCAACUAAUAUUAAUUUUGUCCUAUUAUUGAAUACAAAUAGGUAGAAAUGUGUAAUUGUAUUGUCUAACCUAAGUAACGAGGUAUGGUUAUAGCUUAAAACACAAAACUUUUUUUGUAAAUUAAAGUGGUCAGGUUUAGCACUUUUGAUUAUUUUGCUAUAAAAUUAAAUUUCAUUAAAAUAAUAUUCAGUGCUGCUAGA